UUAAAAUAAAAAUUAAAGAGGGAGAGACAGAGAGAAAGAAGAAGUGCUUGGCAGUCUUUUAUGCUAAAGGAGACGACUGAGAUUGCCCAGAUACAAAGCUCUCUUCCAAGUGUCGAAUGCAACUGACCGUUUCUUCUGCUUCUUCUUCAUCUUCAUCUUCGGUUUUUCUUAACUAUUUUUUUUCUGGUUUUUGGGAUUGAUGGAUUGCUAGAUUUUUAAUAACCUCACAUAAAGAAUCCAUCUUUAUCCAAACCCAGAUUUUUCUACUCUUUAUAUUAUCAGUUUUUCUGUGUUUUUGGUUUUGUUUUUGGGAUGGCAUCUUCAUCGCUGGCUAGUCCGCUAUGCACGUGGCUGGUGGCUGCUUGCAUGUCGGUCACGUGUGGGAAAGACCAGUCACAGUCUCCAAUGCUCCACUCGCCAGCCUCUUCUUCUUCUUCUAAGAGACUUGGCCGGUGGGCUCGUAAUAGAAGGAAAGCUCUUAUUUCUCAAUGUUGUGGCAGCUCAACCAGCAACAGAAACGGGGGCUUGAUUUCGUCGUUUUGUGGAUCCAGCAUUCAAGGCUUGAUGGCUUCCUGCUUGGCUUUUGAGCCCUGUAAUGACUACUAUUCCUCCAAAAAUGGUAGCCUUUUUGGUCAAAAUGGAAGCUUUUCUUCUUUCUUUGGAUCCAAAAAUAUUCCCUUCAAUAACAAUCGCAAGCACCGAAGACUUAAUCGAGGAGCUGUCCAUUCUGGAGAAGCCAUGGCUGUAGCUGUGCAACCCACAAGAGAAAUCACAACAAAGAAGAAACCUCCUACUAAGCAAAGACGAGUUGUUGUGACAGGGAUGGGUGUGGAAACUCCACUUGGACAUGACCCUGAUGUCUUCUACAACAAUUUGCUUGAGGGUGCAAGUGGUAUAAGUGAAAUUGAGACUUUUGACUGUGCCCAGUUUCCAUCUAGAAUUGCUGGAGAGAUAAAAUCCUUCUCAACUGACGGUUGGGUUGCACCGAAACUUUCCAAGAGGAUGGACAAAUUCAUGCUUUAUAUGCUUACUGCGGGUAAGAAAGCAUUGGAAGAUGGUGGAGUAACUGAAGAUGUCAUGGAGGAGCUAGAUAAAACGAAAUGUGGAGUUUUGAUUGGUUCAGCAAUGGGUGGCAUGAAGGUUUUCAAUGAUGCAAUUGAAGCUUUGAGGAUCUCAUACAAGAAGAUGAAUCCUUUCUGCGUACCAUUUGCUACUACAAAUAUGGGUUCUGCGAUGCUUGCAAUGGAUUUGGGAUGGAUGGGUCCUAACUAUUCAAUCUCCACUGCAUGUGCUACAAGCAACUUUUGUAUAUUAAAUGCUGCAAACCACAUCAUUAGAGGCGAAGCUGAUGUGAUGCUUUGUGGUGGCUCUGAUGCGGCAAUUAUACCCAUUGGGUUGGGAGGAUUUGUGGCAUGCAAAGCACUCUCGCAGAGGAACAAUGAUCCUACCAAAGCUUCACGCCCUUGGGAUGUUAAUCGUGAUGGAUUUGUCAUGGGGGAAGGUGCUGGGGUUCUGCUUUUAGAAGAAUUGGAGCAUGCUAAGAGGAGAGGUGCAACCAUCUAUGCAGAAUUUCUGGGUGGAAGCUUCACUUGUGAUGCUUAUCAUAUGACUGAGCCACAUCCUGAUGGAGUUGGUGUCAUUCUCUGCAUGGAGAAGGCCUUGGCUCAGUCUGGAGUAUCCAAGGAAGACAUAAAUUACAUUAAUGCCCAUGCUACAUCUACACCAGCUGGAGACAUUAAAGAGUAUCAGGCUCUCAUGCAUUGUUUUGGAAAGAAUCCUGAGUUAAGAGUGAACUCUACAAAGUCAAUGAUUGGUCACCUACUUGGAGCUGCCGGUGCUGUGGAAGCAGUCGCAGCAAUACAGGCAAUACGGACUGGUUGGGUUCAUCCUAAUGUCAACCUGGAAAGCCCAGAUGAAGGAGUGGACACAAAUGUGCUUGUGGGGCCAAAGAAAGAAAGAUUGAAUGUGAAGGCAGCAUUGUCUAAUUCUUUUGGGUUUGGCGGCCACAACUCCUCUAUCAUUUUUGCUCCACUCAAGUGAAAAUAGUUCAAGCAUUGCUCUUCCAGUGUACUCUUUGAUUCCGCCCAAGGUAACUGUUAACAGGUCAGCCACAUCGUGCAGAGUACCCAGCAAAUCUCCUCUGUAGACGAAGAUCACUUGAAAAGGGUUAUCAUACGAAGAAUGGUGGCCAGACAAGGGAGCUUUAGAAAAGACCUGGCUGUAUGGCUCUAUUUAGGGAGGAAGUUCAGAGUUAACCAUGCCGCUGUUGUUUUUGAAGAUUUCAUCCUUCUCUUAAAUUAGCUACAAUGGAGCUUUUAGUCUUUUUAGUUGCAUUGGGCCAUUGAACCACCAGUAGAUGUAGUUCUGGUCUCGUAAUUUUUGUUUUCGUGUACAAGAAAAUGGCUGAUCAGUUGUUUCUGAUAGUCAAUUUGUAAUGAAUUUUGAGGUGGCAGAUGCCCAGGUUACACUUGUAGAGUGGUGGUUUAUGAUUUUUUAUGUUCAUGGAAGCCUGUUUUCUUCCCGCC